UCCAACUGGUGUGCUGCAGCAGGCUUUGGUCUGAGUCCGGGCAGAGUCCUGCUUUCUGAGCAGCACUCCAGACCCUGUUACAGCGAGGGUCUGUGAAAGCGAUCCGUGCCUUCCCGUUGCACACACAAAGACAAGGAGCUCUUCAAGGGAACUCACUGCCUGCCUCUCCUGCAGCUACAAACCGUGUCCCUGUGGGCUCAGCGACCAAGGCUUUUGCCUGAAAAUGAGUGGGGAGGGGUCUUGAGGAGCCCCCACUACCUCCCGGAGUGGGGCAGGGAGGGAGCUGACAGCCUGAGUGGCUGAGGACCACCGGUCCCCGCGUCCGGGCUUGCGUUUAGCUGCUUCUUGGGAUGCUCCGCGUGCCAGUUGAGCAUCCUGCCUGUGGUCCAGAGGGUGCUGGCGGCGCAUCUUGCGGUAUGCCUGCGUGGAUUUGAGCCAUCGCCCAGAGGCGAGCCCGCAUUCAGACACGGCGGAUGGACUUCCUGCAGGGCUGCGUGUAGUCAGCGCGAAUGCUCAGCCCUAGGCGUCUGCAAAAGCCUCCCGGCUACAUGGAUUUGGCUGUUUAAUCAGCCGAGGUGACCGCCCGGGAAGAUUUGCUAGCCUGAUCCGCGCUCCAGCUGCUGUGACAACUUCAGAGCUGGCUGUUUACUUCUCUCGGUCGGUGCCCAGGGCUCUGUCCUGCACCGCAGCCACUUUCCCGGCUCUGAAGUCUGCCGCGAGGACUCCUCUGACGGCAUCCCAGGAACGGGGGUGCGCCAAGGAGGGGUUAAAAGGCGAGCAGAAACCCUCCCAACUGCUCAACCUCUCGUGACUGCCUGUGUUUUGGGGUUCUGAGAGGGACCGUGUGCUGCCCGGGGAAGCAAUGCAAGUCUCCAUAGCCUGCACAGAGCACAAUUUGAAGAGUCGGAAUGGUGAGGACCGACUUCUGAGCAAGCAGAGCUCCACCGCCCCCAAUGUGGUGAACGCAGCCCGGGCCAAAUUCCGCACGGUCGCUAUCAUCGCACGCAGCCUGGGGACGUUCACCCCUCAGCACCACAUUUCUCUCAAAGAGUCCACCGCAAAGCAGACUGGCAUGAAAUAUAGGAAUCUUGGAAAAUCAGGACUCAGAGUUUCUUGCUUGGGUCUUGGAACAUGGGUGACAUUUGGAGGUCAAGUUUCAGAUGAAGUUGCUGAACGGCUCAUGACAAUUGCCUACGAAAGUGGAGUGAAUCUCUUUGAUACCGCCGAGGUCUACGCCGCUGGAAAGGCUGAAGUGAUUCUGGGGAGCAUCAUCAAGAAGAAAGGCUGGAGGAGGUCCAGCCUGGUCAUAACAACCAAACUGUACUGGGGUGGAAAAGCUGAAACAGAAAGAGGGUUGUCAAGAAAACAUAUUAUCGAAGGAUUGAAGGGCUCCCUCCAGAGGCUGCAGCUUGAGUACGUGGAUGUGGUCUUUGCAAAUCGACCGGACAGUAACACUCCCAUGGAAGAAAUUGUUCGAGCCAUGACACACGUGAUAAACCAAGGGAUGGCGAUGUACUGGGGAACCUCGCGGUGGAGUGCUAUGGAGAUCAUGGAAGCCUAUUCUGUAGCAAGACAAUUCAAUAUGAUCCCUCCGGUCUGUGAACAAGCCGAGUACCAUCUUUUCCAGAGAGAGAAAGUGGAGGUGCAGCUACCAGAGCUCUACCACAAAAUAGGAGUUGGGGCAAUGACAUGGUCUCCACUGGCCUGCGGAAUCAUCUCAGGAAAAUAUGGAAACGGGGUGCCUGAAAGCUCCAGGGCUUCUCUGAAGUGCUACCAGUGGUUGAAGGAAAGAAUUGUGAGUGAAGAAGGAAGAAAACAGCAAAACAAGUUAAAAGACCUCUCCCCAAUUGCUGAGCGUCUGGGCUGCACACUCCCCCAGCUAGCUGUGGCAUGGUGCCUGAGAAACGAGGGUGUGAGUUCUGUGCUCCUGGGUUCGUCCACUCCUGAACAACUCAUUGAGAACCUUGGUGCCAUUCAGGUUCUCCCAAAGAUGACAUCACACGUGGUAAAUGAGAUUGAUAACAUAUUGCGCAACAAGCCCUACAGCAAAAAGGACUACAGGUCGUAAGGCAAUGCAUGAGCCACAGGAGCUGCAUGGUUAAAAAUCGGUCUAUACCGGUGCAGAACGGUGUUACUAGCCAGUCUUUUACAUCACUUAGCAGCCCGCUGCUCAACCUCUAGUGUCCCCGGAUUCUGAGGUGCCUGCUGUUGCUACCACUGUGCACCUGAAUUAUGAGCACAUCUGAAAACUCACAACUAAGAAAAUCCAUUCUAUUUUCUUAUCUUGGACUGGAGUCACCUACUCUUGCAUUGCUCUGUACACCUCAUGCUAAUGCAAUGGAAAGUAUAUAGGGGGGAAAGACAUAUUACCUUCAGGCAUUCAGUAACUUAAAGAAGGCUACAGAUAUAUUUUUUCAAAUGAACAAACUCCACAGAUGCAACAUGGAUUGCAUCAGAAAGAGUAACUACGUGCACACAGAAGUCUUGCUUGGGAGAAUAAACAGAAACAAUUUUACACUUUUUUUCUAUUUUCACAUUCCUGUUAGCAAGAGUUGUUUCACUUGUCAUUCAACAAAUCUAAAAUUCCUCGGUAUUUGCUUUCAUAACCUUUUAAAAUAUUCACUGUUGUUUGACCCCAAGAAUGACCCUAAAUAGCAAUUUAUCCAAGAUGUCUAUUAGGAUUCCAAUAAUGCUGUCCGUUUACAUGUAGAGGUGGUAAAAGGAUGAACACCCAGUCUUUAACUAGAGACACUGGUUAAUUUAUGAAAAGGGAAGAUUGUACUGCUAUGGAAGCUUAGCUUGGAUAAAGUGUACUGCAUCUGCAAUGAAGUGUUCGUUCUUGAGUACACGUUAUGAAAACCUGCUUUAUACUUCGACUGCUUGUAGGCACAGCUUCUGCGCGUUUAAAUAUUUGAGCUUUAAAAAUAUACACAUGCUCAGUUCUUAUAAGUAAACCUGUAAAAUACCCAGAAAGGCAAAGGUCUGCUGUUUAAUUAGCACUGGGAUUUUACAAUAUAAUGCUUGGGGUUUUGAGGAGGGCGUUAUUACAUGAGAGUAAAUCAUGGGCUUCAUGAAAAAUGUCACUACUCGGCAUAUGCUGGGUGAAUUAACUUGCCCAAUGAAAAGCAAAUGUUAAAGAACUUCCUGAGUCUAUAAUCACAUUAUGUGCAUUAAACUAUAUGCAUGAAAGCUCACUGCAUGGAUUAAAGGGGCCUAGCUUUAGUGCACUCAGAAGCUGAGACCUAUCUGACCCCGCCACACUAUUGGCUACUUACCCUCAUGAAUAUUCCACUUGAGAAAAACUGUGAGAAUAGACUGUGUGUACCUGUAAGGGAGAAAAACAUGUUUUUUUCUUUUGGGGGGUGUGUACUGGGGGCAUGGGUCCUAUAACUAUUUGGACACCUGAGCAUGUACAAAAUUCUAAUUUAAUUUUCUGAACAGCAGGUCCCUCAUAUAGAAAUCACUUUGAGACUUACAGAAGAAAUAUACUAUCAGCUUUAAAUGCUAUUUCCUGCCAUCAUUUCCAGAUACUGUAUUUCAUGGUUAAGUUCUAAAUCUUAAAAUGUUGGUGUGAAAUACCAACACAUUUUCUUUUUGAUUACUACUCCUUGCAUUCAAUUAGGGAAAUAAUUUGGGUUUUUUACCCCCAAGUAUCAGGUUGAUGAUGAAAAUGGAUCAUUUUUCAGUUGUUCAUUGUAUAUUCAAUCGAUCCAGUGAUUUAUUGUAUGUAUUAAUAAGCUUAAGUUGUCUAAUGGAACUGCAAUUUAACUUACUAAUUUGCUUAGAGUAAUAAAAGCAUUUUGUGCA